GCAGCUCGGCUCGUUCCGCCGCCGAAAAGGGACCCGCCGCCGCUACCGCCCCCACCCCCGUCCCGGGUCCGCCUCAGCCGGCCAUGGCGACCAAGAAAGGGGGCUCGCGGCUGGAGACCGAGAUCGAGCGGUGCCGCUCUGAGUGCCAAUGGGAGAGGAUCCCCGAGCUCGUCAAGCAGCUGUCGGCCAAGCUCAUUGCUAACGAUGACAUGGCAGAACUCCUCCUUGGAGAAUCCAAGCUUGAACUUUUUCUGAAGGAAAACCCUCUUAAGCAGGGUGCUAGUCCCUGCGGUCCCCGGCCAAAGUUAAUUGAAGUCAGGAAGCAUCUCACCGCAGCACUUGACCGAGGAAAUCUAAAGCCAGAGUUCUUACAAGAAGCCAAUUUAGUGAUGGCCAAAUUAAAUUAUGUGGAAGGAGAUUACAAAGAAGCUGUUAACACCUACGCAAGAGUGGGCCUUGACGACUUGCAGCUUGUUGCUGUGCCUCCUUAUCGGCUGAGAGUGAUUGCUGAAGCAUAUGCUACCAAAGGUCUUUGUCUAGAAAAGUUGCCAAUUUCCUCUUCAACAAGUAACCUCCAUGCAGAUCGUGAACAAGAAAUCAUUACCUGUUAUGAGAAGGCAGGGGAUAUAGCUCUUUUGUACCUUCAGGAGAUUGAAAGGGUAAUAAUGACUAACAUGCAGAACAGAAGCCCUAAGCCAGGACCUACAGCGCAUGAACAAGAGCUGGGAUAUUUUUUAGAAACAGGACUUCAGAGGGCCCAUGUCUUAUAUUUCAAAAAUGGGAAUUUGACAAGAGGAGUCGGUAGAUUUAGAGAGAUUCUAAGAGCUGUUGAAACAAGAACUACACAAAACCUACGAAUGACAAUAGCAAGGCAAUUAGCUGAAAUCUUGUUGAGAGGCAUGUGUGAACAGAGUUAUUGGAACCCGCUGGAUGAUCCUCCUCAUCAGUCGCCCUUGGAUGAUCCCCUUUGGAAAGGUGCGAACACUAAAAAUUAUGCCCUUAGCAGAAGACCACGCGUAUACUCUGGAGAAAACAUUUUCUGUCCUCAAGAGAAUACUGAAGAAGCUCUCUUGCUGCUGCUGAUUAGUGAAUCUAUGGCUAAUCGCGAUGCUGUAUUGAGCAGAAUACCAGAGCACAGAAACGAUCGCAUCAUCAGUUUGCAAAGCGCAUCUGUAGUCUACGAUUUGCUUACCAUUGCCUUGGGAAGAAGAGGUCAAUAUGAAAUGUUAUCAGAGUGCUUAGAAAGAGCUAUGAAAUUUGCCUUUGAAGAAUUCCAUCUUUGGUAUCAGUUUGCACUGUCCUUAAUGGCAGCAGGAAAAUCUGCCAGAGCUGUGAAAGUCUUGAAAGAGUGUAUACGUUUGAAACCAGAUGAUGCCACGAUCCCACUCCUAGCUGCCAAAUUAUGCAUGGGAUCCCUUCAUUGGUUAGAAGAGGCAGAAAGAUUUGCCAGAAUGGUGGUUGAUGUGGGGGAGAAAACAUCAGAGUUCAAAGCCAAAGGUUAUUUAGCCCUGGGAUUAACCUACAGCCUACAAGCUACAGAUGCUUCCUUGCGAGGGAUGCAAGAGGUCCUACAGAGGAAAGCUCUUCUUGCAUUUCAAAGGGCUCACACUUUGUCUCCAACUGAUCAUCUUGCAGCGUUUUAUCUGGCUUUGCAGUUUGCUAUAUCCCGGCAGAUACCAGAAGCUUUGGGUUACGUCCGUCAGGCUCUGCAGCUGCAAGGGGAUGACGCAAACUCUUUGCAUCUCCUCGCCCUCUUACUGUCAGCACAGAAACACUACCAUGAUGCUCUCAAUAUCAUUGACAUGGCCCUGAGCGAAUACCCAGAAAACUUUAUAUUGCUGUUUUCAAAAGUCAAAUUGGAAUCCCUCUGCAGGGGCCCUGAUGAAGCUCUCCUUACUUGUAAGCACAUGUUGCAGAUCUGGAAGUCCUGUUACAAUCUCACUAACCCAAGUGAUUCUGGACGGGGAAGCAGUUUGUUAGACAGAGCCAUUGCUGACAGGCGCCAGCUUAGUACAAUUACUUUACCAGACUUCAGUGACCCUGAAACAGCUUCUGAUUCCUCCACAUCUUCAUCUCUCUCAAGAAAAGAAUCUCCUCUCCACCUGUUCAUGUCUUCUCAGUCUCCUCACCCUCAUCCCAAAACUGAUACCUUUGUCUGGCCCUAUGCAGCCAAUCCAUGCUGUGACCACGUUCCUGGGCCCUGCGAACCUCCACUCUGCAAUCCUCCAGACGCUUACUUUCAUGGUUUUUUCUCCCUUUUUUCAGUUUGUUCAAUUCAUGCCACAUCAAUUGCAGCCUCCAGAGUAGAGCAGGCGCUGUCCGAGGUAGCCUCUUCCUUGCAGAGCAGCACUCCCAAGCAAGGCCCCCUGCAUCCUUGGAUGACUCUCGCUCAGAUCUGGCUUCAUGCAGCUGAAGUAUACAUAGGAAUCGGGAAGCCUGCGGAAGCCACAGCAUGUACUCAGGAAGCUGCUAACCUUUUCCCAAUGUCUCACAAUGUUCUCUACAUGAGAGGCCAAGUGGCAGAACUUCGGGGUAAUAUUGAUGAAGCCAAACGUUGGUAUGAAGAGGCCUUAUCCAUCAGCCCAACACAUGUCAAAAGUAUGCAGAGACUGGCUCUAAUACUUCACCAGCUUGGAAGGUUCAGCUUAGCUGAAAAGAUCCUUAGAGAUGCAGUCCAGGUGAAUUCAACGGCCCAUGAGGUUUGGAACGGCCUCGGGGUGGUUCUGCAAGCUCAGGGCAAUGAUGAUGCCGCCACGGAGUGUUUCCUGACAGCUCUGGAGCUCGAAGCUAGCAGCCCUGUGGUCCCUUUCACCAUCAUCCCCCGAGUCCUCUGAAAGACUAGCCAGGCAAACUGAUGGAUGAUUCAUCAUGCUUCAGCUGAAUGUGAGAACGUUAGGAAGCGUUUGGCAUAAAGCCUUCCUCCAGACACCCAGGGGCAGAUCUUCAGGCUGAGAGGUAACGCAACCAAGCAGACAAAGCUGUUCAGUACUGUGGGGAUUAUGACAUAUGGAAGCGAUGCAGCAUGUUAAUGUUAGAGUGAAGAGAAAUGACUAACCAAAAAGGGGAGGGGGGGAAUACACACAGCAAACCACCACUUGUGUAUCGCCUACUUAUUUUGCCCCCGUUGUCGUUUUAAGACCUGAUGCUAUUGUUCAAAUGGGUAUCGUGCCAUAUUUUGUUAGGUGACAUCUGAGUGUUAUGUAAAACUUUACAUAGAAUCAAACACCAAAUGCUAGAGAAAUAGAAUUCAAGUUAAAAUUCAGUGGCACAGCAGCCUAUUUUUAGUCAAGCCUGUCAAAGACCUGUUCUUGUCUCUUCAACCUCUCGGGGCCCAAAAUCAAAAAUGUGAAGUUUGCUGUUUCCAUCUCUACCAUAGUCCAGGCCAGCAAAUGAACUGAAAGGUUUUUGUUUUUAGUUGUUAAUAACUGUGACGUGUAACUAGCUAUUGCCUUUAUUUAGAAGAAAGGUGUGAACAAGAAUAUUUAUAUUUUACCAAUGUAUGCCUGUUUAAAAAGAAGGAAAGAAAAUAUUAGUUAUUUAAGUUUAACUUUUUUAUGUGAAUCCAGAGUUUAUUUAUCAAUGGAAAUAUGUAAAAAGAUGCUUCAGAUGGAAUAUUUACCGACAUUCCUUAUGCAUUAUACACCCACGUGGCUCAAUGGGAAGAUUAUGUUAAUAAU